CUUCAAGCCAGCAUGAACCGACAUGGGUUCCUCUGGAAGGAUAUCCUCACCGCUCCAGAUCUACAGAAGAGAGCCGUGGCGAUUCUGGCUUCCACAAUAGUUCGCAUUACCCCCCUCUUCCUCCCAUGGAUGGUUGAUGCGCUGGUUUGUUUGUGUGUUGGAUUUCUCAUACUAAGUACAGGCUAGACCACGCGUCAGUUCAUUUUUUUUUUAGGAAGGAACAGGGUAUGUUGGCAUACAUUAUGGCUUCUCUUCUCCCAACCGAGUGGUCGGUCUAUAUCUCAAAGAUUUUAGGAUGUACGACAAUUUUUUUUUCUCAUCUAUGUUGAAUUUUUCGCCUGUAUACGCUAGUCCAGUGAACCACAUGGUUGAGCUGACAGGAAUACACCGGAAAUCAAAAAAGAAUCCCGCGUCUAUCGGUAUACAAACCCAGCGAUAGAAAUGGUGCCUUGAUAAUCAAUGGCAUAUUCGAG